GGCAUGGGCGCUUUUUGGGUUUUCAGUUUCCACAGCAGGAAGCCAGCGUUGCAGCCGCCGUCGACAUGGUGCUGAAGACUGAACUAUGCCGAUUCAGUGGGGGUAAGAUCUACCCCGGCAAAGGCAUUAGAUUUGUUCGUGCUGAUUCUCAGGUCUUCUUGUUUGCCAACUCAAAAUGCAAGAGGUACUUCCACAACAGAUUGAAGCCAUCAAAGCUCACCUGGACUGCCAUGUACAGGAAGCAACACAAGAAGGACAUUGCCCAAGAAGCUGUCAAGAAGAGGCGGCGCACGACCAAAAAGCCUUACUCUAGGUCCAUUGUUGGGGCCACCCUGGAAGUUAUACAGAAAAAAAGAACGGAGAAGCCCGAAGUCAGAGAUGCAGCUAGAGAAGCCGCCCUUCGUGAGAUUAAGGAGAGGAUCAAGAAAACAAAGGAUGAGAAGAAGGCUAAGAAGGCUGAAGUGAUGGCCAAGGCACAGAAAGCACAAGGAAAAGGAAAUGCCCCCAAGGGUGCUGCCCCCAGAGGUCCUAAACUUGGCGGCGGCGGCGGGAAGCGCUGAGUCACCUUUUUUUU